AUGGCUCGGUACCUGAAUCCAGCCAAAAUUGGCCUGCUGGCCCUCAUGCAGCUCUAUAUCGAAGAAGCCAUCCCCAGCGAUGCCAUAGUCCCGGUCUUGUCAUUCAUUACCUCGCACACUAUGGGCCACGAUGCCGCUGGCCCCCCAACUACGCAGGCUGGCCGAUGGGCCAAGGCUGAAGGCAUCGUCAGCCUCGUCAUUACCAUCAAGGAUUUUGAGAAGCUGCUGGGAAGCUUCCCAUUCGUCAUGGGCAUGCCAGGCCGCAAGUUGUGGGAUCAGUUCCUCGCACGGCUAUGGGACAUUAAUUCCCUAGAUGCGCUCUGCGAAUUCUUUGAGAACCUCGAGCUACUACUAGCAAAGACAAAAGAGGAGUUGCGCAGGCUUAGCGAGGCGGGUGUUCCCGACAUGGAAGAGGGCAUGCAAAUUGCCCGCAACUCGCCUUUUGGAGCAUUUAUCCGCCGCGCCAUGGUCGAGUACCAGCGACUGCGAUUCCACGACUGUGCAGAGCUGUGGAAGGAUUUUGUGCGGUACCGGCAGCCCACGGCGCACCACCAAAAACGAAAAAAUCCAAAUUUCGGGAAACUCAGCUUUGACAAUGUCUUGUUGCUCGGUGCAGCUGAAGGCUGGAGCCCAGAGAGUGUUUCUGCCCUCACCUCAGUUACAUACGACGACAUGCUCACCGGCGAUCGCCUCGGUACGGUGGCCGUCAGCACUGAUGAUGUUGAACUGCUUCUCGAUUUUCAAAUUGAGCAAAUGCAAAAAUACGGCAAUAGAGUACCUCUAGAGACGAUCCAUCAAUUUCAGGAUCUUCUUCAAGCCAGUUUCCUGGUUCCAAGCCUGACGCAUUAUCUAAGCUUUCUAAAUGCAUGGAGAGCGGGGGACUAUCCUUCUGCCUUUGAACUUCUACACCGCUAUUUCGAUUAUACCAUGCAAUAUCGUGACCGUCUGUUUUAUCAAUAUGCGUUGAUGAACUUGGCGGUCUUGCAGGCAGACUUUGGCUGCCACCGCGAUGCCGUCACCACCAUGCUCGAAACGGUCACUACCGCGCGCGAGAACAGGGACAUGACAUGUCUCAACUUUGCAUUAAACUGGCUAUUUCACUUUGGUCGUGCACAUCCCAAGCUAGUCCGCGAGCUCGAGUCUAACAGCCUUCUCGGGACAGGCAAAGAAAGCUUGGCGUAUCUUCGCGUCAAGGCAAAGGAAUCGGGCAUGGGCGCGCUAUGGAGUUCAGUACUACUCAGUGAAGCAAAGCUGGGCUUGAUAAAUGGAGAAAGUGUUGCCACCUCUGUCGAGUAUCUCGUGCGCAGCUCGCAUCUCAUUGUCACGCGAAACAUGAAAAACAUGUUUGGCGCCCAGUUAUCGCUUUACGCUGCGCUAUGGAGUCGACUGGGGCUCACGCACCUGUCGACAGCUACCUGCGAGAUAUUCCUGUGUUGUCACAAUCAUCAUUCCGUAUUCGACGACGAACUCAAAAUCAUUUGUCGCCUUGGCUUGAUCCAAGCUGAGCGCGGCAAAUACGACGACGGUCUUAAGCAGCUAGAGGGCCUGGACAGCAAUUCCCUCCGGUCGUGGAAGCCAAGUCAAUACUGGCACAAAUAUAGAGGGAUCAUCAAACUCACCAAAGACCUGCACCACAACAACCUGGAUGGCGCUCAGGAGCUUCUUGAUCAGCUUUUGCAGUCAAAGGCCGAUGACUUGGAACCAGACAUGACCUUCAUGAUUGAGUCUUUACACAUUGACUAUCUAACAAGACGAGGAGAUUUGCAAGCGGCCUUUGCUAAGGUCAGUGCGAUGAUUGCCAUCAUAAAAGACGAAAACAAAGACAUUGCUAUUCUUGUAAAACUGUUGCUCCUCAAGGUUGCUCUCCUCGAUAAGUGCGGACGCACACUACGCGGGUUCUCGACGGCAAUCCGCGCAACCAACCUCGCCUGGCGAGCGCGCUUGAUUCCCCAGCUAUGGGAGGCAACAGGUGCGCUCGCCAACAUUCUCAUCUCGUUGGAGGAAUUCGAGGCCGCAAUCGGUAUGCUCGAUGCAGCGCUCCCACGUUCACUCGAAUGCGAGACACCGGCACUGACGGCUCGGCUAUACUCAUACCUGGCCGAUGCCAACAUGGGAAUGGCGGGACGGGUGGAGGCCAAGUCAAGCAAGCGCGGCGAAUACAUGACGCGAGCGCUGGCAGCGGUGCAGCGCUCGUUUGACCACUGGUCGAGCGUCGAAGAUAUCAACCAGCAAUGCGAGACCAUGGCGAAGCGGGCGAUGAUUAUGAAGCUCACGGGAGAAAUGACGCUGGCGGCCGACUAUGCAGCGGCAUAUGUCGCGCUUCGCAAGAACGCCGAGGCGCUGAGUCUGGGCUCGGCAUGA